CAAAUCACAACCGAUGGUCGAGGUCGCAUCUAAACAAGGAGAGGUCGCUGUCUCAUCAGGCGGCCGGGCUGAAGUUGCCUUUGGUGACUGCGGGGGAGAAAUCCAGUCGUGUUACGGAACGCUGGAUUUGGUUGAAGCAGCCGAUGUCUGGUGGGCAUCGUGUGAGACGCGGCGUCUGUGGCGCGUUCGCAGCCAUCAGCGCCGAUCAUGGUGAACGCCGGGGCGGCCGCACGGCGGGAGCGGGAGCGAGAGCCGGCUGAGCUGGACCGACGGCUGGCACACCUGCCGCCGCCGCCACCGACCGGCGCCACCCGCCACCGGCGCGACUUCGACCCGCGCGUCAAGGAUGCCUGUCUGCGCGACGCUCGCCUGCGGCGCGGCCUCAAGAUCUCCAAGGCGAUCGUGCUGGGCGACGCCGGCGUCGGCAAGACGUCGCUGGUGAACCGCUUUUGCCACCAGGUGUUCGACCACAACUACAAGGCCACCGUGGGCGUCGACUUCGAGGUGGAGCGCUUCGACGUGCUGGGCGUGCCGUUCAGUCUGCAGGUGUGGGACACGGCCGGCCAGGAGCGGUUCCGCUCGAUCGCGGCCGCCUACUACCGCGGCGCGCCCGCCCUCCUCUGCUUCGACCUGACUGACCUCAUGUCGCUCUCCCACACCGCCCAGUGGUGCCACGACGUGCUCGAGGCUAACCCGGCCGCCAGCCCGCCGCUGCUCUUCCUGGUGGGCACGAAGCGCGACCUGGUGACGCCGCCGGCGCUGGCGCAGGUGCUGGAGCUGGCCGCCGGCAUGGCCACCACGCUGGGCGCCGAGCUGUGGACCGUCUCGGCGCGCGCCGGCCUGCAGGUGGACGCGCUCUUCUGCCGCGUGGCGGCGCUGACAUUCGACGCCAGCGUGGCCGCCGAGCUGGACCGUUCUGGCACACGCCGUAUCAGCCCUCUGGCCAGCGACCCGGACGUGCCGUGUUCCGGAACCCUCCUACCAAACAUAACCGUUCGUCCCGAACCUUCCUACCAAACAUAACCGUCCAUCCCGAUCUUUCCUACCAAACAUGACCGUUCGUCCCGAUCCUUCCUACCAAACAUAACCGUUCGUC